CAAGCACUGGGUGGACGGGCCGCGGUCGUGUUUGUGGUCACUGUCACUGUCCCUACUGAUCUUCUGUCCACAGAUGAUCGAGAUGACCACAGCCACCCCUUUGGGGGGUACUACCUUCUUCUCCUUGAACGUGACCACCAGAGAAGACUUCCUGUACAAGAGUUCUGGAGCCAUUGUUGCAGCCAUUGUGGUAGUUGUCAUCAUCAUCUUCACCGUGGUUCUGAUCCUGCUGAAGAUGUACAACAGGAAAAUGAGGACCAGGCGGGAACUGGAGCCCAAGGGGCCCAAGCCAGCCUCCCCUUCUACCUUGGGCCCGAACAGCAACAGCAAUCAACACCCUGCAACCGUGACCUUCAGCCCCGCUGACGUCCACGUGGAGACUCGGUGACCUCCCCCCCCCAACCUUGGUGCUAUCUUGGCCACCGUCCAAAGAGCCUUCUCCAGUCAAGACCCAGAAGCGCAUAUCUCCUCUGGCAGCUUCACUACGAGUUCCUUCCGGUUGGGUCAACAAGGGGCAUCUCAUGCAAGUCUGGAUGCUUCAGGCAACCCCCAACCCUGCCCUGCCCCGCCCCACCCUAGCUGUGUCCAUGUCCCUGCUGCCACCCUUCCAAAAAGCUGUGGGACAUUGUUUGUGCUCUGAUGAGGUAGAGCUAUGCCGGCAAUCCACUGAAGUGAGUGUGGCUCUCUCCCCCAAACACAAUUGCUAGACAGACAACCCAGGAGUCUUCUGGUCAGGAGUCAGGGGUCAGAGCAUGCUCCCGAGAGUAUCACCACUGAGGUCCUAUAGGAAUCAGUGCUAUAGCCACAGUUUUGCAGAGCAAAAUAUUCAAUGCCGUUCAUCAGGCACAGGGGAACUAACUUGGGCUAACUAACCAAAAAACCAACCUGUUAAUUUAUAACUUGUUCCUGUACUAGAUGACCACUAGCUAGCUCAUGACAACCGGUCAGCAGAUUUCUCCGUCUUUAAGAAAGGUAAUGGGAAAGACAAUUCUUCUCGAAAGGUUUCUCCUUCAUUAGCAAAGAGUCAGAGGAGAAGGAAUAGGGUGACCUUGAGGAAUGAUGGCCUCUACGGCAAAAGCUUAUUGCGGUGUCCUCGGGCCUUGAACGAGCCAGGAGCGGGUCAGAUGUGACCAGGUCAAGGUGUGACCUGGUCAGAGCCUGUCCUCUCCCUUUGGGGCUGGAUUAAGCCUAACUCAGUCUCAUUUCUUAGCUUCCCUCUGUUUGGAUUCUGAGCAAUCCCCUCUCUCCAGGUCACACCUUCCCUCCAAGGACCAGUAUUAGAGACUGAUAAGAUUACAACCCUGUUUGUGUUACCUGUGUCCUUCCCGGUGACCUUGCAGAGAUUCAGGGCACAUUUAAAGCACCAGGUUUGCAAACCAUUUCUCUGUACGGAGCUGAUCUCUUUAUCUCCUUAGCCCGGAGAACAAUCUAUUGAGAGAGAAAAGCAUUUUGAAAUUAAGAAGGCUUGCCUUCCAAGCCCUACCUCCUGGUCGUGUGGCCUUGGAAGAGUCACGUGAGCACUCCAUAUUGGGUUUGCUAACCAUAAGACUCCCAGACUUACUUUAAUUAGUCAAGGACUUGGUAGGUAGAGGAGCUCGGGUGGUACCUGGCACUCAGCAAAUGCUUAAUAAAUGAGAGCCAGCAUUAUUGUUACGGUAUUUCUUCAAUUGCAAGACAUAUUUGUUCACAUGUUGAUGAUUCCGAAAUCAGAAUUUGUCUUAAAAUUUUUUUUCUCUCGGGGGCGCCUGGGUGGC